AUGCCCUCUAUCUUCAAGCGUGCUCGUCGUCACGAGUUCACACGUUCGGUCGUUGAUGCGGUCAAGUCGAUAUAUGGAACAGAGAGACGGGAUUCGGACGUCGGUACGUGAGAUGCACGUAUACCUGGUUGCCAUUGGCUAAGUCCGUACUCGACGCAGGCAUACCUUCGCGGAGAUCUCUGUCUCGUGGGCAUAGCCACUCCCGAUCUCGCUACCGCAGAGACCAUCCCGUCAUGAGCCUCCCUGCCGAGCUCCUCGCGCACGUCUUCGUCCUAGGCUCCGAGGAUGACUUCAUGCUUCCACUGGCCGUCUCGCACGUAUGCAGGGCCUGGCGCGCAUUGGCCCUCCACACGCCCGCUCUGUGGCGGCGUGUCGUGCUCGAUGGCAGGCUGCACAUGUGGCAGCAACGCAUCCUCCGCGCGAAGGCCUGCACGCUCGAUAUCCAGCUCGCUCCGCAUCCCCAGGAUUUCGGCGACGUGGUCGUCAUGCCGAUCCUCGACGCGUACACAGUUAUGCAGUACCUGAGCAUCGUCACGCCACUGAUACCGCGCUGGAGAAGCCUCGACAUCAGGUUCGACGCGUACGCACCACUUCUCUGGAACGCGGCCCUGUCCGCCUGUUUCGUGCAAGGCCCCGCCGCGCACGCGCCCUCCAUGCGAGAGCUGAUCCUGAUUUACCCAGGCAACGACGACACGCGGGAGUUCCUGCUCUUCAACGGCAGCGCGCCGAGACUGCGGCGCGUCACGCUCUGCGGGAUCCGCCUGACCUGGGCCCGCUCGCUCUUCCAGGACCUCGAGUACCUGGACUAUACGCACCACGGCUUCACUCGGGGGCAGGACGCCGCGGCGGAGGUGCUCGCGAUGCUCCGCGUCUCCGCACGCCUGUACGAGUUGCGCCUUUCGUUCCCGUGGCGGGGCGACUCGCACUCUGUGGCGUCGCACUCCGUACCGCUCACGGUGGCCCUCCCGCGCCUCCUCACGCUCGUACUGACCGUCGAGGGCCCCGGGAUCCCGAACGCGUUCUUGACGGUCCUGGCGCACGCCUCUUGUCCGGCUCUGCGCACCCUCCGGCUCUACUCUACCUACCCUUUUCAUCGCCCGUCGCUGUUCCCGCAUCUCCGGCAUGUUUCGCGGGUCCUCCCGCCACUCCCUGCGCUGGAGGUCCUGCAUAUCGAGCACGGAUGGCUCGAUCCGCGCUUCAUCUUCCCACUUCUGCUGAGCUUGCCGCGGUUGCGCCACCUGACGUUGAAGGGCGUGCGUGUGACAGGUCCAUUCUUGGUCGGGCUUGCAGAGAACUUGUACGCGAGGCGCGCGCAUACGAGUCUCGCGUCGAGGCUGAAGCUACUGGAGGUGAUCGGAUGCGAUCUGCUCGCCGCUGAAGACAUUGUACAGGCGUUCCGCUUGAAGCCCGGGUGGAGCAGGCACGGCAUCGAGACUAUCCUGAUUCGGGACUGUCCAGGGAUUGGACCCACCGCCUUAGGGAAGCUAGGGACGCUGGGCAUGGACGUGAGAAUAUGGCCUGCAGGAACUAGAAGCGAGAAUACGGCCCAGAGGAAGGUGUUGUAUCGUCAGAUAUGAAGGACCGCGGGAGCUUGGACCCCCUUCGGACUUGGCAAUCUGUGCAUCACACACCCAUAGUCACGAUACCCUAUUCAGCAUCCUUGACACGCGUUUGCGAUUCGAUACAUGCAUCAUCACGUA